AUACCGAAGACGAAGGUCGUAAGAGAGAUAAGUGUGCGCGAUGACGCCACUCUGCAUCACAACUGUUAUGCUGGCCUUGCUGAUCGCGUCGCCAGGAAUCGUGGAUGGCGAGCUAUCGAACAAAGAUGGUGCAAAUAACCAGGAUGUUCGAGAGUUGCUGGAAGAUGUAAAAACACUCCUUAAUCGAUUCAAUACUCACUAUCUCAUCAAUCUUGAGCAACGAAUCGUGACUGUCCUGACCACGAUGACAAGUUUGGAUGCGAAUGUUAAAUCCUUGCAGGAAAAGUCUCAAGUGUGGGACGUUUUUCAGCAUCAUAUUGGCGCAUGGAGCGAGCAUAUCAAAUCCGUCGACAGUAAGCUGGAUAUUUUGAAGAAAACACAUGAAAGUCCCUCUGCUGCUCUUGAAACACGGCUGUCCAAUCUGGAUUUUAAAGUUCAACACGUCUUUGAUAAGGUGGAUGUGAUUAACGAAAAAUUGCACGACAUUACGAAAACUGUGUACGCUUUAUCCAGCAGUAAUGCUGCUCAUCGUGGUCGCCGUAAUGAACGCACUGAAAUAGCUGAUCAAACAUCAAUCAUCUCAAAAAUUGGACAACUUCAGAAGCAGGUGAAUCGUUUGGAAGGAAAUGCGAAAUGCGCAAAUGUGCCACUUGCCAAACCAAAGAAAGAAGCAUCAGAAUCCGAGGAAGAUAUCGAUGAUUUUUUGGAUAAACUUACUAUUAAAAAGCUGCGGGAAGCUGUAGCCAAUCGCAGACAAUGCCGGGCGCUGGAUGCAUUGACUGGCAUGAUUCGUUCGGUAGAGGACCGUACGGUACGCAUAUACGAGUUGGAAGCCAAUCAAUUCGAACAAAUGCGUUCCUGCUGCCAUCGUACCAACCACGAAGUAGCCACGUUUACCAAUAGUGCAGAUAUUCUUCUUAAAAGAAUCGAAACCUUAGUGUUGGAUGUGGAUAGAAAAGUGGAAAAGCGAAACAACCAAAACUGUGGCGUAAACAAACGCGAUUUUACGGAGGAAGUUGAAGGAAGCUCCGAUUCCACAACUACGCAGUCAAUCGAUUUAUCAUCACAAGUGGAUCUGGGCAGUGGCAGUGAAACGGAUAGCAAGCAAGAACCGAUCGUGGUAUCAAUAUUUCCAGUUGACGAUGAGGCAGAUGUUGUUUUCCAUCAUCCCGAUAAAGAUGGGUGUCAUCAGUUACAGCAACGAGUGAAUGGUGUGUAUACCUUUGCGGAGGCAGAAUUGAAUGAGGUACGACGAGACUUCAAUCGAAGAUACUGUCGUUUCGCCACUGAGGGUCCGGGCUGGACUGUUCUACAACGGCGCAAUCUUUAUGAUUUGCAAGAGAAUUUCAAUCGAUCGUGGUACGAAUAUAAACAUGGUUUUGGUGAUCUGGGAUAUGAAUUCUGGUACGGCAAUGAGUUCAUACACAGAUUGAGCUAUGAUGAUAAUGUCGAGCUUAGAAUAGAGCUAGAAGACUUCGAAGCUAAUAGGGCGUACGCAGAGUAUGGUACCUUUCGAAUGGAAACGGAAAAAUUCAGCUACAAUCUCAUGAUAUCGGACUAUCGUGGUAACGCAUCCGAUUCCUUGUCCUACCACAAUGACCAAGAGUUCAGUACCUAUGAUCGAUCAAACGACAAAUCAUUUGGUAGAUAUCACUGUGCACUAACAUAUGGAAGUGGCUGGUGGUUCAACAGUUGCGCUGAGUCAAAUUUGAAUGGAAAAUAUUAUCUAGAAAAUCCACGUGCCCACAAAUCGACGGGUAUUUUAUGGGAAUCAUGGUUGGGUGAUUACUCGCUCAAGUCCUCUCUUAUCAUGAUUCGCCCGAAAGAUGCUUGGAACCGAGAUGAAGAAUCAUCUGCAGCUGAAUCACCACAGGAUCCUUAAGUUUAUGUGGAUAAUUUUGCCUAAUAUUCUAUUGUUCUCACUU